GAAAAAGGUUGAUUCUGUUUGACAGUAUCAAAUAGUAGUGUCAACAUGAAUUAUCGGUUCCUAAUAUUUAUGGGAUAAUCCAAAUCUUUUUGAUAUCAAUCAUGGCUUUCACUCUGUGGAACCUAUUCGAGACAUCUUUGUUAUGUUUAAAUGCAUUCACGAUCAUAAACGAAGAGAGGUUGGUUGACAAAUUUGAUUCGAAACAUAGUAAGACAAAUCUGUUGAUGGAGGAAAAUGAAGCAAAAAUGCAGGUUUUCAAUCUGAUUCAUUCAAUAUCGACCAUAGCGAAGUUUCCAGUGAUAUUUCUGAACAUCAUAACAAUAAUAUUAAAGCUACUACUGGGAUCAUAGGUGCCGAUUUUGAAAAUUUUUUGUGUGCAACAACCAAUGUGGAGUAAUAUAACGAAUGAUUUCUGA